UGGCGGUAAAGAUGGAGCCCGCAGAGAGUAAAACCUCACCCAGCGAGGAAACUAAUGAAGAAUACAGAGUUGAAGUUACCUCGAAGAGAAAAUUAAAUGAGCAGAUAAACAAAUACAAAGAAGUUUUGAAGACGGCGCUGGACGGACAGACAGAGGUUACAGAGGAGACCAAGCGACUGUUACUGCAGGAGCUGCUGGCGAACUUUGAGGCUGCUGUUCAGGUUAAUGUGUUGGUGAACGGACAGCCUUGGGAGGAGGCACCUGAUGUUGAAGCGGAGGACGAGGCUAUUGAUCUGGAAGGUCUCCUGGAUGAUACCAUUGUUGAGACCACCAGGAGGCGGCGUGCGUACCCCAGAAAGAUCCUUCCCCAUGUGGUCCACGCCCUCAAGGCUGAACGUAAAAUCAUGGGAUUAUAUGAGCCUGCAGUGAAACGUCAAGAGGUGGUUAAAGAUCCUGAUCAAGAGACCAUCAUGAGCGAUUUGUCAGCAUCUGCUCCUGGGAUGGUAAAACAGGCCAUCCAGGUCAUAAAGUCAAUCAACACUCUGCAAAAGCAAGCCGAAGGCCUCUGUGAGAUCCUCAACAUGAAACCCAGUCAAGCCUCUCAAGAGGUCCACAGAGAGGUGUUUGGUUUGAACGGCCAAUCGGACGCUCAGAUGCCUCCCGUACAUGGAGCGUCAAGACACAGGCAGCCAAUCAAGAGAGCCGUGGAGGAAGCGGCAGCCACGGAGGGCUACGUGCCCCUCGCCAAGAAAGUAGAGUGCAUCAUGGGAGAGGACAAGCAGGAGUGACACGUCACUGCUACAGGACAGUAAAAUAACGUGAUGUUGGUGUGACUUGUUUUGGACUGAGUUUUUUCCAACGCAGUUAAGUUUUUCAACUUUACAACAGAAAGCGAUGAUAAAAUAAUAUCCUGUCUUCAUAUUUAUUCAUUCUAAACAGUAUACAUUUUUGAUUUGUUCCAUGUUUCACAUUUGGAAAUAAAUGAAUAGUCACCUGGCCAGACUUCCUGUAAACAAAAGCAACUGCAGGAUGACUUUAUGGCACAAAACCACAGGAGGGCGCUGUUCUUCUGAAGCUUGUGCACAAAGCCACAGAUUAUGCUGAAAUAAAUCACCUCAAACUGCUUCAUGCUCCUCAGUGAAGAAAACAAGGUUCAGUGACAUGUGGGAGUCUGAUGGAACGUACACAGAUCUGGUGGAUUGCUUUGUAAUUUCCAUUAAGAAUGAGUGUCCAUGUGAAUAUAAGUAAGUUUCAGCAUGUACAGAAAUGUGCAGCAAGUUGUAUUUCUUUCAUAUUCACUGAGCUUAAUGAGGGUCUUAUUGUUAUUAAUGAAGAGAGGAUUUCUGAUUUUCUUAUUGCAUGUAUUAGCAAAUUGCCAUGACUAAACCCCUAUAACUCAUCUCUGUGUAUCAAAGGUGAAUAUUUAGAAGUUUUUUUUAAAGGAAACUCUACACUGUGGCUGUAGCUCGAGCACACCAGCUCACCCACGACUGCUGAAACCUACCCUGCACCACACAAUAGCCCGUUCUAAUAUUGGAGUAAUUCAACCGUACAUAUUCAAACUGGGACAGAUGAUGAUACCCUGCAAGCUGACUGAUUGUUUAGUUUGAGUUUGUUUGUAUAAAUGAUGUUGACUCCUUUUUUUUUUUUUUUUUUUAACACGGUGGGUUUUCCAACAUGUUAACAAGGUUAAAAAAAAAAAAAAAAAGAUUUUUAUAGGAGGGUAUAUUUAAAGUAACAUUUAUAAACUUUUCUUGUGUGGUUUAGAAGAAAUCCUAAAGCAGUAUCUUAAUUUAAAGGGAAAGUUUUCGCACAACAUGUUGCUACAGAAACCUCUACAAGAAUUUAGGAAAAAUUAAAUCGUUUUGAGAACUUCACUGAAUCAGUAAAUCCAAAAAAGAGACCAGUGACUUUCAUAUUGCAUUAAAAAUUCUCUCA